CGAAGACAAAGAGACCGGGGAUACUUUGGUUCCGGCCCAGAUGGCCUGUCAGUAGGAACUCCGCCGUUAGGAAGAAGGGUCGGUGGACGCCGGAGGGGAGGUUUGUCCUUCCUUCUUGGCCGCCGCUGCCAUGAUCCCGAUUCCUCUCGUGGUGCUGGUGAUGGGGGGUUGGUGCGCUAUUUACCUGGCCGACACCUUGCUGAAGGCCUCAGAUUCUUUGAAGACUUCUUAUGAAGAAUGGCUGACAUCUUACGGAUUGAGCAUCUCACCUUUUCACAUACGAUGGCAAACCCCUGUCUUCAAUCGUCUGUUUUAUGAUUGGGGACGUUGGAAACCCAGGCUGCUUUACCAGUGGUUCAAUUUGGGAAUGGUCUUUGGAAUAAUCGCCAUGUUCAGUUCUAUUCUCCUCCUUGGAAAAACCCUGAUACAAACUUUGUCACAAAUGUUGACUGAAGCCCCUUCAGCUCAGAAUGAUCAGAUGCUACAAGUUGUGGUUCCUGGUGUAAAUUUACCUGUCAGCCAGCUGACCUAUUUCUUUACUGCAAUCCUUCUCAGCGGCGUCAUACAUGAGAUUGGCCAUGGGGUGGCAGCUAUCAGAGAACAAGUUCGAUUUAAUGGAUUUGGAAUUUUUAUCUUCAUUGUUUAUCCUGGGGCAUUUGUUGAUCUGUUUACUACCCACUUACAACUUAUAUCUCCAGUUCAGCAGCUAAGAAUAUUCUGUGCAGGUGUCUGGCACAACUUUGUCCUUGGAGUUUUGAGUCUUGUGGCUCUCCUUCUGCUACCUGUAAUUCUUUUCCCACUUUACUACGCUGGAGUUGGCGCUCUUGUUCUUGACAUCGCUGAGGACUCACCUGCUAAUGGACCCAGAGGCCUCUUUGUAGGAGACCUAGUCACCCAGCUCCAGGACUGUUCAGUUCACAAAGUAGAAGAUUGGAAUUCCUGUCUAGGGCUCAUCUCACAGGAGCCACAGAUUGGUUACUGUCUAAGUUCAGCAGCUUUGCAACAGUUAACUUUCCCAGCCAGAGUGUACAAAAGACUGGAUGGGACAGUUGAAUGUUGUAGCAACAACAGCCUCACAGAUAUCUGCUUUUCCUACAGUAAUAAUGUGAACACUCAUUUGUAUGCCUGUCUGCCAGCCCGGAAAACAAUUGAAGCCAAUCAAGUGUGUAGAAGUAAUGCGGACUGUCAAAAGGACUUUAUUUCAAGUUUAUGUGUGAUACCAUCUUUGGAAAAUCAAACUCGAUUAAUAAGAGUGAAGCACUCACCUCAGAUUGAUAUGCUCUUUGUAGGACAUCCACUGCACCUCCAGCACACAGUGAGCCUCAGCAGUUUCAUCCCACGAUUCAACUUUCUAAGCAUUGAUGUACCUGUGGUAAUAGAGACAUUUCUCAAAUACCUGAUUUCACUCUCAGGAGCACUGGCUGUCAUCAAUGCUGUACCCUGCUUUGCUUUAGAUGGACAGUGGAUGUUAAACUCUUUUCUUGAAGCCACCCUUAGCUCACUGAUCAUAGACAAGCAAAAUAGAGAUUUGUUAGGAUUUUUAAUCUUGCUUGCUGGUAGUACACUUUUGGCUGCCAAUGUGGCCCUGGGACUCUGGAUGGUGACAGCUCGAUAAUAUGAGUGUGUGUGUGUGUGUGUGUAUAUGUGUGUGUGUGUAUAUACAUAUAUAUGUGUACACACACGCAUGCGCGCGUACACACAUAUAUACAGAUAUAUAAACUCAUUUGACAAAAUCUGUGAGUUGUUAUAAUGUGCCAAAAAAAAAACCCAACCCCAUAACAUUUGUUGCUGAUUAAAAAAAAAACUUUAAUUGGUUUGAAAUAUUAAAAAACUUCCUUAAAACCAUCUUAAUCAGCACCACUUGAGAUUCUACUAAAUCUAGAGGUCUGUGCUAGGUAGUCUCCACAGUACCUUUUGUUACCCCACUAACAGAAGAAAUAAGAAGGACCUGAUCUCCGACCUCAAAAGAUUUCAACCUGGUUGUGACAACAUUUGUACGUUAAUUUGGACUUUAUAAGUUCAUCUGUAAAAAUUAUUUGUUGUUUCAUAUCUAAGUGGUGUGUUACCUUGGGGUAAGGGAAUAAAUAGAGGUGAAGAGGUGCACUUAUAUUAGGUUUUGAAGGAAGCAAGUGAUGUUCUGUGGCCACAUUGAAAAGGUGGUCACAACUAAAUCAAAACCUCUUUGGUGUGCAGUGUUUUUAAUUUAGUGCUGGAUUAUAUGUCACAAGAGGAAACUUGGAUGAUAGAGAGAGGUCUAGCCUCUGAGAAGACCUGAGUGCAAGUCCUCAAUCUGCCACGCAACUGGCUUUGUGACCCUAGACAAGACAGCGUCUUGGUGCCCUAUCCAGCGUGCUGACCAUAAGUUGCAGAAUUGUUACUGGGAGUUUUCCUCACUGUCAGUUCCCUCUGCCUACAGAUCCAGACCAAAAAUUUUGUUUCUUUAAAGCGGCUGUGAUUAAACAUUAUUCUCUUGAUAAAAUUUUGUUUACAUAGAUACAGUGUUCAGAAAUUUCCCUGAAUUGUUCAGGGACACGUGUGUGUGUAUGUGUGUGUGUGUAUGUAUGUAUGUAUGAAUAAAUUAAUGAUAUAUCAUCAGUCAAGAAAUAAAAAUCCAGAUGUUAUUUUUCAAGCCCUGUCUGUCUCCAAAUAUUCUUGGAGAGUAAAAAAAAAAGCAGAAGCUGGGACCUGCCACAACAUGAGGUUUGUUUUUUAACACUUUGUAGCAACAGUUGAUUCCUGAGUGAGGUAUCACCUUAUCUUUAAAAAGCAGCCUUAAUGGUGAGUUUAGUUGUGAGCUGCAGGCAAGGGUCCUGACCUUGUAUAACAUUCUAUAACAAAUCACAGUACAGGUAAGGUUGGUUUAUAGGCGCCAUGCUCCUUCAGGGCCCUUACUCUCCUGUGCCUGCCAAGUUGGGCUGAAGUCAGACUUUCCUCUAGAAUAAAGGUAUUUGCGGUUGCUUCAAUUAGUCCUAGCCCUGAUGUCAAAGUUAGAUAAUAGGAGCCACUUCUCAGUGGAGGCAGUGAAGGGGGAAGGUAGAAAUAGAGGAAUGGAAUCCCAUUCCAGCCCAAACAGAUUCUUGAGUUUGUUGUCAAAGACAAAUCAAAGACUACAUGAGAUUGGGUCUUAGGACUUUAUUAUGGCUAAAAAUCAGUAUGGCUCAGCCGAGCCAUUCUGGAAAUAAGUGGUCUCACAGCCACUGGGCCUUAGGAGGGGAUUAUCUAUUCUCCCAGAAAGAGGGAAGGUUGGUUAGCCACUUGGGAAGAAUUCUUUGAAUCCACUCCUCCCCUAACACUAGCAGUGUGACUGUUUGUCACAAUACAUGUAUAGAAUGAAUCUCCCUGAGUAUUCUUUUGCCCACAUUAUUACAAAGUUCCUGAGGGUAAUGGUUCUAGUUGUUCAAGACAACUUGCUAUUUAUGGUUUCUCUUAUCUCCUUGGUUCUUUCUUUGGCCUGUUCAGCUUAUGUGAAGCCCUUGACAACUGCGGGCUCUUCUCUUAGUUCCCAAUUCUCCCCUUGAGUAUAAUUUCAUCCCUGUUUUAGGCUGCUGCUCUUAUCCUUCACGGGGUCACAGUCUGCCCUGUGUCUCCUGCCAUAUUUACUUUCUUCCUUUUGGAUCUCACAUAUCUGAGGAGGUAGCCAAAGAAGGGAUGGACUCCAUGAUUGGACCAAUGUUUUUGAUCUGUCACAAGCAUGACAAACUAGGUGCCCUUUGUUUACAGUGAUUUAGACACUUCUAGGAACAUGCUGAAACCAUCUCCAGGUUAGAUCUUCAGCGCUGGUUUCUUUUCUGGGAUUCCCUAGAUGGACUCUGACUCAGAAUUAACCAACCUGACUUAGACUAUACAGAACUGGCCAACCACCUGGGUAAUCUGAGAAUAGCCUUUUUAGCAAACCAAGGUAAACAUUUUUUGCCUGGAAACAACUAAAGAAUGCUGUUAAGGAGGUUAAUGCAAAUUCAAAACCACACAUAAGUGUUAUGUGACCAAUGGUCAGCCUCUUGGGAUCCUCAUAGAGUCCCAUAGGAAUAGAAGUUUUCAGCUAAAGUGGGUAUUACAUGUAAGUGCAAUCUUUUAUGGAGUCCUAGAAGUCUAUCUUUGAGUGAAACAACCACACUGGUUCUAUUAUUUCAAUAGGGAAUAAUUAGGAAAAGUUUUCCAAGACACCAUAAAAUGCAAGGAAAGGAAUUAUGUGUCAAAGAACCCUGGAUAAACCAGAGGACUAGAGAAAUAAGGUUUUUUAUUUCAGAUAAAUGCAAAGAUGAUGUCUCCUCACCUUUAUUGAGAAUGAAAUCAUAGAAGACAAUGAUGUGCAGUCCCAGAAAAACAGCCCUUGAUGCCACUUUGAGAAACAGAAAACUAGAAAGAGAUCAUUGCUUUGGCAAUCUAGUGUGAAAUCUGUUUUCUAUGAGUUCACUAGCAAAUUGUGUAGAUAGAAAUGUGUGUAAGAUGAUCAUGAUUGAAAAGGGAUUUAUGGAGUAAGAAAACAUGCUUCUGUGUUUUAAAUGGCACAAUGUACCAUUGAAUAGUCACUGCGCCAAAGUGGUGUAAGUUGUAGUUUUCAUAUCACUUGUCUUCCUGUAUGGGAUAUUAUCCAUUUUUAAUUGCUUGGUGUGACUAGGAAAUUGGAUUCACAUAGUGAUCAAGAAAAUUGUGCUGCCAUUUAAUUUAGGCAGGGAAACCUUGUUUUCCAACUCUAUAGUGUUCAUAUUUAUAUUUUUCCUUUUUUCCUUAGAGAUGUUAUACAAGGAAUUUGUUUUUUGUAAAGCAUCUCAGUUUGCAAAAACAAUUUGCAAAAAUCUGUAGAUUUUUACUUUUCUGGUUAUAUUUCUAGAGAGAUCAUUACCUUAUUCCAAACUCAAGUAUGUGAAUAUAUUUCUUGUCAACUUGUCAGACUCAAUAACAAUCAUCAGAUUGCAUGUAUUAAAUGUCCACAUGUAAGUAAUGCAUAAGUAUUUUUUUCUAAAAUGCCUUUUGACCAUACUGUGUAUUAGAUGUACAGUGAAUCCUUUUCUUUAAAAAAAAAAAAAAAAAAAAAAAAAGAUAUGUCCAGGCAUGGUGAGGCAUGCCUGUAUUCCCUGAUGCUGGGAAAGGCAAUUCUGAGCUGUAACAGGGGCAAAGAUGAUCAGGUGUCUGCACUAAAUACAGUACCAACAUGGCUAGCCCCUGGGAGAAGGGGACUGGUAGGCUGCCUAAGCAGAGUCUGACCGGCUCAGUCAGAAACAGAGCAGGUCCAAGUUUCCAUACUGAUCAGUAGUGAGAUUAACCCAUCAGUGGCUGCUGAACUUCCAGCCUGGGCAAAGUAAGGCGUUUCAGGCUCACCCCAAAAAGUUAUACUUCACCUUGAAGACAACCCAAUUGCUGGUAAAUGAUGUUAAUAAAUAACAACGUGGAACCAUAUUUUGUACUUUAUACUGACUUGAUUCCAUUUCUUUCUGACCAUAUAUAUAAAAUCAUUCUCUCCUGAUUGAAUAAUAUCUUAAUUGCCUAUAAUCCUUUCAUAUUUUUGUCUAAAAUGAAACUAUUCCUGCUGAAAACAGUCACUGGUUCUCUGUGUUAAUCUCAGAUGUUUCCAUUACUGGUGCAAACUCUGAGGCCUGUUCUAGAUUCUCUUCCUUUGUAGUAAGUACUUUUAUGUCUAUGGUUAUGUAUUUUUAACUUUUGGAUAUAUCAGAGUACUUUGCACAUAAAAAUAAUUUAAAAAAUUUUUAAUUACAUUAAAUAAUUUUUUAAUUUUUCAGAUUUUUAGGGGUUCUGAGGAAAGAAAUUUUGACUGUUAGUUUUAUGUCGUAUCGAGUUCUUAAACCCUCACAUCUUAUAUUUCUUUCAAAAACUUUUGCACCCAAGCUCUGGCAGUAUUUCAUAAAGCCGGGUUAGCCGCAGUUCUCAAAACAAAUUAAGAGCAGCUGUACUUUUACUUUGUGCAAAUGGGACCACUGGCUAGGGGACUUGUCUUGCCUGAAUUGUUUUACCUUACGAUAAAUGAUCCUAUUCUCUCUGCUGUUGGCAGACUCUUUUAUAUUCCUGAGCCCUUUUCAAGUGUGAGUUCUAUGUUUAUGAUGGACAGUAGAAGGAAUAGGACUUUUCUAGUAAAUGAAAGUUAGUCUGGAAGGAAAAUCAAAACACAAUUUCUGGUACUCAAGUUUGUAUUUCAUCUUGCUUGGGUCAAGUAGAAAGUGUGUUUCAUUCCUGGACUAUCGGUCUGCUGCUGAAUUGAAUAAAUUCGUCAUUUCAAAAGAAUGGGGAAAAUUAAAUAGACUAUAUGGUCACUUUUUAUUUAAGAGACAAUAAACCUAUUUUAAUCUAUGUAUGUAAAAUGUUUAUUUUGCUUCUGAGGCUUCACUCAUUCGAAUGAUCCAUUGUAUAUUUUAUCAGAGCGUGGUAAAUGAAUUCAAUGAAGGGAAAGCCUCUAUUUCUGACCUUAUUAAGGUACAAUAGGUUGUACUUCUUGGGGUGGAGAUAGAGAAAAAUGGAUCCAGGAAGCUGCAACUCUGAUUACCCGGUUCACCAUUGUGUGUUGGAGGGGGGAAACGCCUGUAUUUCAUGACUGAGUUUCAGGAGACGACGAACGUUCUGUAAAUUUCAUGUUCUGUUAAGCUCGUUUGGUUCGAUAGAAUAAAUCGCAAAAUAUUUGCAAGCAUUACCUUGCCUUAGACAUAAUUCUGGCCAGCCACUUCACGUGGGGUAGCUAGAGUACACCAUUUUUCUUUUUAAAAAGUUAUAUUGAUACUUUCUGGU